UAAAGAUCAUAGCAGCGAGAACACCCAGAGCCAUGCAGCAGAUGGCUACAUUAGACAUAUGAUUUCAGUGCUUUUCACUGAUCAGAGGCAUACACACAGCUCUACAAAGGCUUCAAUGCACAACCAAAUACAGAAGUCUGGCUUUAAUGAGGUAGAUGUUCAGGAUUCAGAUACAGAUGAAACUCCAAAAGAUAUUGUUACAGAGGAAAGUAAAGUUGAAGAAAUCUUGAAUUUGAUCAGUAAUAAAAAUGUGGAUAUGGACAUUUCAACAGAAGAAGCAUUAAAAAUACAAGAGGAUGAAGAAAACAACAAUGCAGAUAUCACCGUUUUAAAAGAACAAAAAGAAAAGCAUGUGCCUGCAAAAACAGUCCACUUUGAGGGAAAAAACAAAUAUACUUCCACAGGCUUUAAUGUGGAAAAUGAAAUGGAUAUAAUUGAUGAUCUGCAAUUAAGAACUGCAAAUGAACAAAACAUACAAACCAAUCAGGAUUCACUAGACGCAAAGCUUGACCCUCCUUCAUCUACUGAUGUACAUAAAUCGAAUGCUUUUUACGAAAAUGAAGUAUCCAAGCAUAGGAAUAAAAUGACAAACAUUGAACAGCAGAGUAUAACUGAAGCCAAUUUGGUGAACAAUGGUCCAGGUGUACAUCCUGCUCAGGAUGUUGAAGAACCAGAGAAUUAUUCUGCACAACAAAGAGACAUUCCUUUGAAGGAAAUAAAAUCACAUGAUGAUAUUCAAUAUGUGGAUCGGAAUUCUGAACAGAAGGACCCUCAAAAUGUCAAAGGAGACCAUGAUCGACUGUUGCCAUGCAGUGACAGUCAAACAGAAACCUGCAUCAGUUUUGUUGAUGGGGAGAAUGUCUAUCAGACAUCUGCUGAACAAGUGAAAAGUGAAGUUCCUAGACAAACAGUGCAUACUGAUCAAGGAGAAGGGUUUUCAAAUACAACAGCAGAAAGCCUAGAUGGAGAGAUUCGGACUAAAUCUCAACUGGGUGAAAAUACCCCUAAUGGCAAAAGAUUUGAGCAAGUAACCUCAGAAACGGAGCAGUUCACUAAUGAUGUUGAGGGUGAAAUUGUUUCUCCAGAUAACCAGCCAGAUAACUCAGUAAUUAAUUAUGGGAAUCGUGAAGCCCAGGCAAAUAGAUUUGCUCAUAAAAUUCACAGGGAGGACAACUACAAGAUGAAUCUUAACCAACACAUUGAUGAAGUAAAUUGCGAAACAGCAUCAGAAAAAGGGGAAGUACUGUCAGAAAUACAUGGCAAUGUGGUAAAAGAGCCAUCAGAUAAAACUGAGGGUGAUGUUAAAGAUAGCAAGUUUACUUCUGACAAAGAGGACAAAGUUAUUACAGUCUCCCAUGGCACAUCUUAUGAAAGUGAUUUCCCAACAACAGAUGAAAACAAUACAGCACAUUUAGUUGAAGACUUGCAUACUGAUCAAGGAGAAGGGUUUUCAAAUACAACAGCAGAAAGCCUAGAUGGAGAGAUUCGGACUGAAUCUCAACUGGGUGAAAAUACCCCUAAUGGCAAAAGAUUUGAGCAAGUAACCUCAGAAACGGAGCAGUUCACUAAUGAUGUUGAGGGUGAAAUUGUUUCUCCAGAUAACCAGCCAGAUAACUCAGUAAUUAAUUAUGGGAAUCGUGAAGCCCAGGCAAAUAGAUUUGCUCAUAAAAUUCACAGGGAGGACAACUACAAGAUGAAUCUUAACCAACACAUUGAUGAAGUAAAUUGCGAAACAGCAUCAGAAAAAGGGGAAGUACUGUCAGAAAUACAUGGCAGUGUGGUAAAAGAGCCAUCAGAUAAAACUGAGGGUGAUGUUAAAGAUAGCAAGUUUACUUCUGACAAAGAGGACAAAGUUAUUACAGUCUCCCAUGGCACAUCUUAUGAAAGUGAUUUCCCAACAACAGAUGAAAACAAUACAGCACAUUUAGUCGAAGACUUGCAUCGAGACUCGCCAAUGAAAAACAUGGGAGAGCCAUUGACAGAAGACAGGGACAUUGGAGAGAUUUCACAAACAAAACAAUAUGGAGAUGAAAUGCUUCUUGACCCACCAGUCCUUUGUAACAAAGUGCAGUCACAAUGUACCCAUUCCUCACAGGAAGCUAUCAAAGCCACACAGAUUUUUAAAGAAUAUAAGAACAUGCAAGUACACUUGAAUGCUGAAGAUGUACAGUAUUUUCUGGAUGUAUUUGGGACACAUAAGUUACUGUGGCUUGAUUACUGUCUGGGUAACACUGGAACUGAGGAUGAAGUGGAAAAUAAUGAUAACAACCUGGCUAUAUUGUCAGAUUUUGAACGUAUUCUGAAAUAUCACAGUGAAAUCAUCUCUACUUCUACAAAAAGCAAAGAAGAUGACAGAAAUAUGAAGGAAGAAGAUAUUCACAAAAAAAACAUAUCCCUCAAAAAACUAGAGAUCCUCUUAUCUACCCUAAGAAGUAAAUAUACCAUGGCGAAACCAGCUGUCACUAUAAAUGUGAUCCAAGAAGUGGGCAAACCAGAGUGCACCACUGCUAAUUGCUUCAGUGUGGAGAAAAAUGAUCAUACCAGGCGAGACAAUGAGGCAGGUCUGGGAGUAAGGGACGAUUCUGAGGAGAUGGACUGGAGGACGGGGCAUAAUGUAGAGGGAGCAAUCGUCAACACGGAAACAAGCACUCAGUCCACUAAAAAAGUGCAUGGUGUUGCUGAAGUCAAUGGAGCAGUGUUUACUUUUGCUGGCCAGCUCACGUUUACAGCAUUGGAGAAGGUUUCGUUGAUUUACUCCCUUUUAAAAUGGCUCAUCACAGGGGUGGUGUCAUCACUUCCUGAUGACAUAAAACCAGGACCUGACCUUUAUGGAUUGCCAUGGGAAGCAGUAAUUGUUACCUCCUUACUUGGGUUAAUAACCAUACUUGUGUUCACCUGCAGAUUCUACCAGUCUAUCACAAGUCGACUGUAUGUAGGCAAAGAAAGGAAACUCGGGCAAAAGGUGGCAGAAUUACUUGAUGAAAAAUGCAAAGUUCUUGAAACCUUAAGCGAGUGCAAGCAUAAGUAUGAGAAACUGGAAGCUGCCUUACAGAAUGGUGGAGCUUCUUCUCAUGCAUUGGAAAAGGACAACCUGGAGGUUAUGUCCAGAAAUCUUGAGCAGUCUAAUGCACAGAUGAAAAAUGACAUUGAACGGCUAAGGCAAGAUUUAAAAGCAGAAAGGACCCAGCGGUCACAGCAGGAGGACAUGCUUGUUGGAAUGCAGGAAACAUUGAAAAGUUUAGAAGAAGAAGCAAAAGAUCUAAAGUCACAAAUGGAGCAGGCACAGACUACAUUGAAAAUAUAUGAUAUCAACAGUGAGAGGUUACAGGCAAACCUACAGGCAGCAAAAGAAGAGAAUGCACUACUUCAGGAGAGUGAAGCCCAGCUUGUACAGGAAGCUGAGGGCUGGGGUGAACGUCUGAGUGAGCUGGAGGAGGAAAUGAAGAUGUGCGAGAGCUCCCACAGGGAUAUGGUUGAUGACUGUGCCAACAAAGAUGAGCGCAUCAAGUCUCUCACAGACUGCCUGCUGAAGAUGAGGGACUGGGACUCGGAAAUCGAAGAUGAAGCCAAUGAAGAGGAAAAUGCUGGAUUUGGCUCUGCAGAGAACGGAGGCAGCACAGAUAACCAUCAGAAGCAGAAGGUGCAGAGACUAAUUUAUGCAGCAAAGAUGAGUGCAGACUUGAAGUCCAUGGAGGAAGAAAAGAACCGGGUGUUUGCCAGACUGACCGAUGAAGCUAAAGCUAAGGAGGACCUCCAAGAUGGUAUUGAAAAGCUUCGGAAUGAGAAGGACUCCCUGCAGUCGGAAAGUGCCAUGUACACCUGUGAAACUCAGAAACUCCAGCAGAAGCUGCAGAUCAUGACCGAGAUGUACCAGGAGAACGAGCUCAAACUGCACAGGAUGCUGACGGUGGAAGAGCGAGAGCGUUUGCAGAAGGAGGAGAAGCUAACAAAGGCAGACAAGAAGAUAAACCUUGCGACAGAGGAGCUCAGCAACUACAGACAAAGGACCACAGAGCUUGAGGAGGAACUGGACAAAACAAAUGUUGCCUAUAAAAAUCAGAUUGCGUCUCAUGAAAAGAAGGCACAUGAAAAUUGGCUGGCAGCACGAGCUGCAGACCGUGACUUGACGCAUAUCAAGCGAGAGAAUGCCAACCUCAGGCAGAAGCUGACAGAUGCCCAGUUUAAGCUGGAGAUGGUGGAGAAAGAUCCCUAUGCCCUAGAAUGUCCUGGAAGACCUCUGUUCAGAGGCGAGAGAUCCCCAUUUGGGCCAUCACCCCUGGGAAGGCCUUCCUCUGAAAACCGAGCUUUUCUGUCCCCUCCCACUCUGAUGGAUGGGCCAUUACGCCUGUCCCCUCCGUUUCCCCCGGGACCUGGGGUCAGAGCAGCGAGAGGUCCAGAGUACCCUGUCGUGAGUGAAGGGGUGGACUCUGAACGGAGCGGUGGCCCACACUCCGACAGUGGUUCGCUGUCCCCUACCUGGGAGAGAGACCGCAGGGGCCCCUUGCCUCCUCCAGGGUACCCGUACCCAGACCCCGGCCUUCCCUACCGCAGGCCUCCCCCUGGGGUCUACCCCAUGGGCCCGGUCCCCAUGGGCCCUGUCCCACCCAGAGGACCCAGUCCACCGGACCCCCACAGCUUCAGCCCCCACCUCUCAGACAAAUCGGCAGACUCGUCGUAUCUGGGCCACACUUCAGACUCUCUAGGGGUAGGAGAGAAUGAGAGCAGAGACAGCAUUUUGUCAAUGUCCGGAGAGUUGAGAGCACCCCCAGACCCAGAUGUGAGAAUGGGACCAGGAUUCGUGCCACCAAUGAUGGGGCCACCAAUGAUGGGGCCACCCCCUCCACUCGAACCCAGGGACCACUUCCCACGAAGAGGCCCGUACGGCCCCCCUGACUUCUUCCCUCCUCCAGGCCUUGGAGGACCCCCCAUGGGCAUGCGAAGGCUGCCUCCACCAGGAAUGUUUCCCCGAUUUCCCCCUCCGCCCCCCCAGCAUAUGGGAUACCCCCCUGCAAGGCCCCCACCUGACUGUCUCCCCGGGCCCCCGCCGAGGCCCUCCCCGCCAGGCAGCGAACAGCCUCCAGAGCAUCCCCCCGAGCCCCAGGAUGUCAUCUGAGCCACCUACUGUAGCGCUUCCUGUUGUUUGUGCAGUGGAAUGCGGUUUCCUCUGAUGAAGGUCACGUAACACCUCCUCGAGCGGCGAAGCACACAGCGUCUGCAUGCGCCGCUGUUCACUUGAGUUCAGAGGCUCUCCACGACGCUCCAUCCAGAGAAUCGCCAUCUCUCCCCAGCAAAAACAAACUGCUUUCCAGCUUUUAGCUCAGAGCUAGCAAGGGCCAUCAGUGACUUGUUUUCAUUCCAGCUUUAAUUACGUAAUAGGCCCUAACAUUUACCCCUCCUGACAUUUUGCCUACAUUUUUUCAUAAGCGCAUGAAUGACAGCCAAAGACUUUUCUUGUGUCCCUGUGUGAAACCCUUUACUGUGAUCUGAUCUACGAGUGAACCAGUGUUGGUGUACACAGCCAAAUCGCACAUUUAGCCAGGGUAAUUUGCAGAAAGGAAAACCUGCAGACUCACCGGCCCUCCACCCUUUUUUAGAUUCUCACAUUAAGGUAUAUUCAAUUUUCACCAUUCAAAUGUGCGUAACUCGUGUUUCAUAACCUUAAUUCUGCGGAGUAUGAGCGUAUUGAGAAUUACAGUGGCGAUCAAUAGUUUAGAUUAUUUGGUGUUAACAGCAUUAUUAUAGGGAGAACAGAGCCAAUAGUCUUAUCAGUUUUUUAUAGAUGAGAUGAACAUGAAUGGCAGCAGCAUGGGUUUUUUUUUUUUUUUUUUUUUUUUUUUUAAAGUAAGAGAUUUACGUUAUAAAAAACAAAGGACUAUUUUACUGAAAUCUCUGAAAUGUAUAUACAGAUAUUGUAUUAAUAUUGUGAAUGAAGAAAUGUAAAUACAAAUUCUUAUGCACCGUUUAAGUUUCUUUUCAAAAUGAAGUGCUGUCCAGCCUGUGGGAUGGAUCUAAUUGAGAGUUACUUGUUAAGCAGCAUUGUUUGGUGCAUGCAGGCAGGAAAAUGUGUUUUUCUUCAGUUAUAAGCAAACCACAAACUUGGGAGGAUUGCAUGAGCAAUCCAAUGCACAGAGAAUGAUCAAGUUUGAAACGCAUUGUGUGCAUUAAGAACCGUCCAUAAAUGUCCUCAUAACAUUGGGAUUUGGUUAACAGAAAAGUGACAUCGAAUUGGCAGUGGCUUCCCAUUGUGUAAAGAGCUAAUAAAGAGCAUUUUCAGUGUAA